CCGUGCUCAUCACAGACAACAACUUACACUCGAUGACGUCACUCCCUCCAUCCGAUUAUAUGACAAUUUGAGACGAUAAAAGGAAGGUGGCACAAGAUCAACGAGUUUUGCCCGUUUUGGUCCUCGAAUUCAUGUCUAUUUAUUUUUUAAAGUUACCCCCUUUGGAUUUUCUCCCGUGUUGUGGGUGCGUUUACAAACAUACAAGUUUACAUACACAUGAUACCCAGACCCGAAACAACAAAUUGUAAAUCAUAUAAAGAGUUGCUCCGUGCGGGAAUCGAACCCGACCCACGUUGCGUGGCAGCCGGUUGGGCUGCCGCUCGCGGCGUGCCGCGCGCACCGGCCGCGUGGUGUCAGUCUGGCGCGAGCGUCGCUGCCGCGCGCCGCUUGUUGCCGCGCGCGUAUUGUUUGUUCUACCGGCAAAAUGAAUAACAAGAACGCCAUUCGUUUGAUUAAAAUAUACGGCUCUCACAGAGAGCUGUGGGAUCGCACGUGUAAACAAUAUUAUAACAAAAAAAUACGUGAACAACUAUGGGACGAAAUAGCCAAGAAGUUUGACAUUCCCAAGUCCGUAUUAAAGUGUAAGUUAAAGAACCUGGCGAGUACAUACAGGCGCGAGAAAUGUCGAGAAAACGUAAGCCUUAAAUCAGGUGUGUAUGUGGUUGCAGGCGACAAAUUGCUGCACUACAAGUCCAGGUGGUUUGCAUACAAAGCAUUUCAGUUUAUGAACGACGACGGCGAUGACGGAGACGGCGACGAGAGUGGCGCUUCUGGUACGCCGCUGGCGGCCUUUUCAAAUGAUGGCACGGAGUCGGAAUCAGACGAGUCGUCGGAUGAUAACGAAGAAGCAGCAGGAGUAGAAGCAGAUGAGAAAGCGAGCACCUCGAAGACAUAUAACGAGCCCGUGGUACAAAUACAGGCACCACCCUCGCCGCCCUCGCCGCCUUCACCACCCUCGCCGCCCUCGCCGCCCUCGCCGCCCGCGCAGCCGAGGAGACGAGGCCCACCCAGAUCGUGCACGAGUAGCAAACUAGCACAGCCCAUGAAACGGAAGCUACCGACAGACCACGACUCCCUGGACGACAAGCUCGUAGAGACUCUGAAGCUGUUGAAGAAGUCAGAACUGUCGCGGAAGAAAGACGAGUGCGACAGCUUCGGAGAGUACAUCGCGAUGUCUCUGCGGAAGCACGACGAGCGCACGCAGAGCAUGAUCAAGCAGGCCAUCAACAACAUCCUGUUCGAGCAGGAGAUGCGGCUGUACAGCGGGGGGCAGUACACCGUGCUGCUCACGGGCCCCGAGGAGAACCCGCUCGUCUUCGAGGCGAAGUGAAUACUUGUGGUACCUGCGCUGUGUCCUGUGUCUGUAGUAGCAAUGUGGCACACAUUCUGGUCGAACAGAAUAGAAAAGUCUGUUUCACAUGCGGCAAUGACGAUCUUCUAUUGCUUAACCCUUUUUGUAAAUAUCUUUCAUUCCGUUGUAUUCUAUUCUGUUCCUCUGAUAUUCUAUGCUCUGAUGCUGUUCUGUCCUAUUUUAUUUCGUCCUGUUCUAUUCUAUUCUGUUCUGUACGACCAGCGUUUACGCUGUGUAGCUACUUGUUGACCACCAGUGCUGUGACACUAAUGGCCGCUUUCACUAACUACACUAUAUCCUAACUACGAGUUACUUAAACUAUAUCUAAGUAAGUACCACGUACCAGGUUGGUGGAGACGGGCAUCGUGUAUUUAUAGACUGAUCAGAAAACUUAUAUUUUUGUAAGAAUAGUUUCUUUGUAUAAGUAUGUUAAUGUAUGUUGAUUAGUAUGUUUUGUUGGAUUGUAACUGUUACUGUCUGCAAGUUAAUUAUAUUAACUUCUUGAUUACACAAACAUUAUUGGAAA